AUGUCCACUUACGACUCCGCUCCUCCGCCAUACACUGACGAACACCCAAUGCUGGAAAAGCCAGCUCCAGAAUCUCAGGUCGUGGCCGAGAAACCCGUUAUCAUGGACGAGAAACCUCCAAUCGAGUCCAUCACGGAGCAGCUGGAAGAGCUCGAGGUUACUGGUAAACCCCUUCUCGAAGAGGAACCAGUAGACGACUCGAACGUGCUCCGAUCAGGAUUCACCGCUCUCAAUGGAUUCGGAGACGGCGAGGAUAGCCUCAACGACGAGCCAGAGGAAGAUGAAACCAGACUGCGGCCUCUAGACGAAGCAGAACUGCUUCUUCCAGCAAAGCCCGCCUUUAAGUCUGUGGGAAGCCGCGACUUCCGUCUCGUAGGAGCGAAGCCGCACGAACCUUCGCGCUUUGUUACUGUCGGAAGCUCGCAAUACACGACUAUCAAGGCUUCCAUCUCCUCCAUGGAAGAGAUCAACUGGAUUAAGAAACUCAAGGACGAGAAGGACGAAGAGGAGGCUCGGCUCGCCGCCAGCUUGCAGUCGCAGACUGUCGAGGAAGAGGCUGAACCUACUUCUGCUGAUGAGGCAGAGGAGGUGGAAUAUCCUGUCGAUGGGCACCCUGCGUCCUCUGCUGAGAAACCUGCGACCGCCGAAGGCCCCGCGGCCAGGGAACCCCUGCAUUCCAGUGACCACCCCGAGGACGAGGAAGGUGAUGACGACUUUAAGUCGGCCAUUGACUCUGCGGAGACACCAUACGUGGCUCAAGAAGUUUCCGAUCAGUCCAUCGCCACCGACGAACGGUCUCGAUCCCUCUUUAUGACUAUCCUCUGA